AUGGGCCAGGACCAAUCAGUGCUUGCAGCCACCUUCUCGCACAAUUCGCCUCCAGGCUCGACUGCCACCGUCCAGAAGCUGCGCCCACGCAUCCUCGUCCCGAAGGAGCAGGCGAAGCUGCAGGUCUUUCAGAAAGAACUCGUCCAAACGCUCUCGAUCAGACAGUCUGGACAGAGAGAUCAACCUCCAGUUGCUGGCCUACCAUCACUUCCUGUUGGAGAAGAUGAAACGCGAGAGGGUCUGCUACGAUCCGUCGCAUUAUCCAACCUACCCCGCUUGCUACUGGCCGCGGAGCAACAACUUGCCAACCGCCUUCGCGACCGCCUCAAGCCGCACAUGCCGUUGCCCCUGCCAUUGGUGACUCUGAGAAGUGGUGCAAGGACUCGAACUCGGACCGUUCGUGGUCGGUCACGCGACUGGAGAUCGGCUAUUCGACCUGCCAUAGUGACAACGCCUCUGCACCCUGCGCCCAAAAUCCUCCGACAGGCAUCACCCUCGGCAACUCACAACAACAGUGAAUUGACCAAGACGGCUCGGCGAUUCAGCCAAAUCACGUCCCGACUGGAGGCCGACUCUGAGCGCCCUGAUGUUGAGUGGAGAAGCCAAAUUCUACUGAAAAAAAGCAUGUUGUAUCAAGAAUAG